GCUGGGCGACGAGAGGCUGCUCCGAUUCGCGCGCCAGUACCCAGAGCUGCUCGGAGUGGAGCCCUGGAGGAACGGCCGCCACCGCAUCGUCUGCAGCUCGCCCGCCGAGCAGCCCGGCCCUGCGGCCAAGGGCGCCGCGGGGCCCAGGGCCAUCGGGCGCGCGGAGCCCGGAGCCACGCUGCCGCGGCGUGCGGACGAGAGGGCGAGGCCGAGCUCGCACGAGGAGGGCGGCGCGGAGGAGCGGGAGGUCGGCAGCGGUGCGGAGGAGACGAGGCCCCCGAGGCCCACGAGCCCAACCCCGCGGGCCGCCCGAGGCGGGUGUCGUGGCUCCUGCAUAACGGCAAGGCCCCGCCGC